CUUGGGGAAUUGAUUGCAAGUAACACAGAACAAGGAAGAGAAAGGCGAAAGAAAAAGCAAACGAAAUUUCCGGAAAGUAAAAAGAUCAAAAACCAUAAGCCAAGAAAGAACAUACACAAAGUUCCAUACUUUUUCUUGGGCCAUAUCGGAAACAUAUUUCUACCAUAUUUUCUCGAGAAACUAACAAGUUUCUAAGCUCUUCCCACCUUGGUUCCUAAUUCUGUUCGUAUCUAUCACCCAUUUAUGUACGAACAAAGUUUGUGUUGUUUGUCAUUUUAUCUGUCCUUGUUUUGAGAAAUUUAGAGAGAAUACAGAGAAAGAUGAUGAUGAUACCAUCGUCUGCCUCUUCAUCGUCUUCUUCAGCUACGGUACGAGUGGAGAAGGCGACGAGCGAGUUUUUAAUCGGACCAGAUUGGACUAUGAACAUCGAUAUUUGUGAUACCAUCAAUACCAAUAACUGGCUAGCAAAAGAUGUUGUCAAAGCUGUGAAGAAAAGGUUGCAGCAUAAGAACCCUGAAGUUCAACUACUUGCCUUGACGCUUCUGGAGACAAUGGUGAAGAACUGUGGUGAUUAUGUGCAUUCUCAAAUUGCUGAGAGGAAUAUACUGCAAGAUAUGAUCAAAAUUGUUAAGAAAAAGACAGGUAUGCAUGUAAGGAACAAAAUCUUGGCAAUGCUAGACUCUUGGCAAGAAGCUUUCGGUGGCCCUGGAGGAAAACAUCCACAAUACUACUGGGCUUAUGAUGAACUGAGGCGUUCUGGAGUAGAAUUUCCCCAGCAUUCAUCAGAUGUAACUCCAAUAUUUACGCCACCUGUUACCCACUCCACUCUCAGACAUGCUCAAGCAGGUUAUGGAAUGCCAUGCAAUUCAUCAACAAGGCUUGAUGAAGCCAUGGCAGCUGACAUGGAAAAUUUAAGUUUAUCAAGCAUUAAUUCCAUGCGAAAUGUUCUGGAUCUCUUAGCUGACAUGCUGCAAGCUGUGACUCCAAGUGACCGUAUGGCUGUAAAAGAUGAAAUAAUCAUCGAUCUUGUUGACCAGUGUUGUGCCAACCAGAAGAAGCUGAUGCAGAUGUUAACUACAACUGCAGAUGAAGAACUUCUUGGUCAAGGUCUUGAAUUAAAUGAUAAGCUGCAAAGUGUGCUCGCAAAACAUGAUGCUAUAGCUUCUGGUUCCCCGCUGCCAAGGCAAGUAACAAAUUUAAACCCCCGGUCAACUGAAGUACAGGACUCCCCCAUUAAACCUACUGAAGUUACCAGCCCGCCACUGAAUGCUAAUCUCUCUGCACCAGUUCUUGCUUUGACGACUAGCCAGAUUGAGGAAGAGGAUGAGGAGGAAGAUGAUUUUGCACAGCUAGCUCGAAGGUUGCUUUUGACUUACAAGUUCUUUUUUAUACAUUCCUGCAGUUAUCAUUUAAAUUUCACCUCUAUGAGUACUAAGUUGCAGCAGACGGCGGCGUGACACUAUGGUCUUAUACUGAUGAUGAUCCGGUCACUUCGCUGUUCUGUAGCUGUCUACAUUUUAGUGGAUAUAUGUGGAUGAUUAUCUACGAUUGGUAUAUUACUAAAGACAAAUUUAUUAAAAUAAUGGAGCAGUUCAAAGUUGGUUGUAUCCUUUGCCUGGGACACCAUGUUAUUAUUUAGAGUUUAUGUGGUGGAAUCAUUGUUGUACGCCCUGUACUCUGGUUCAUAAUAGACAUUUUGUUUCAUGGGUGCAGGCAUUCCAAAACACGGUCCAGUACUUCUCAAAGCACAUUUACAGGAACCAGUGAAGGAGC